AUGGAGGAUGUGGCGUCGACUACCCAACUGUCCAUAGAUGUUGAAGAUCCAACACUGCCACCACUGCCACCCACAAACCAUCACAGGCAACAGCAGCAAUGGGCACAAGAUCAGAAUCGAAAAAAUUUGUCAUUUGAGAAGUCUGGACAAGGUAGAAAACAUUCCAUGGUAUUGGCCGCAUAGCCAAAAAUGGAACAUUUGAUUUCAGCUACUCGAAAUGCUUCCGAAGACAGUAAGAAUAUCAGGUUUCUUGCCGACAAUGCUCCUCCCACUGGAGCACGAAAAAGAUCACAAAACAAGCGAUUGAACGACUGGAAGCGAAGGUUAUCGGUCAAUCCGGAACUUCUCAGGAAGCAUGGUGAGAUUAUUAUUCGCUCGAAAAGUUUUAAAAAACAGAGAUUAAUUUUUCGAGAAUACUUUGCUGUUCUCUUUCUGCUCCUCGCCAACGUUUUAUAAGUUUUUUCCAAAAAAAAGUUAUGAUGAGAGAGAGGAGGGCUGAAGAAUGAGGAAAGGAACGCAGCAGCAAGAAGAAGCACCUUCCAGCCAGCCAUUUUCCCCUUCAUCCUCUCACUUCAUACAUCAUUUUGUCGUCGACUACGCGACAAGUGCUCCAGCAAGCAUGCUGCAGCCUGGAAGUUCACCACUAACUGCUAGUAAAAUAUCUAUAUUCCCCCAACAUGGUAGGUCUCUGGAUCAGCCAUUUUAGAUCAUUCAAAAGUAGAAAGACAUUCGAGAAGAUAAGCUACUAAUCAAAGUAGUUCUAGGUAGAUGAAAAUUAGUAAAAUAAUAGGCUAAUACGAAAAUCCUUUGUAGGUCAACAUCAUUUUGCACGGUGUCGUGGCGGGGUACACUGGCGCAAGUGCGCUCUAAUGAAAUUUUCCAAAAUUUUGCUUUGGCCUAAUGCUUUAAAGGACCAGGGAACCCAAAAAUUUUUUGAUUAAUUUGUGAAAUUUUUUUGUGACUGUUUGAAUUGUCUCUUAUUGCCUCAUACAUUGGUGAAAUGCUGCCUCUCAAAAAUGCCAAUGAACGAAACGGCAUGCAGUUGAAGUUGUGGCCGUGGCCUAGCGCCAAUGGCCGAAAAAUAUAUAUAAAUAUAUGCGCUUCUCGGCCAUUUUAUUUUUUCCGCUUUUUUACCGGUUUUUUUCCAAAAAUUCACGGUUUCUCCCAUUUUGGCACUUCAUAUCGACUGAAUGAAAACAAUUUUUUAGCAGUGAAAAAAUAAGUAAGUGCCGAACAGAUGUCAAUCAACUGAAAAAUGGGAGAAACCGUGAAUUUUUGGAAAAAAAACCGGUAAAAAAGCGGAAAAAAUAAAAUGGCCGAGAAGCGCAUAUAUUUUUAUAUAUUUUUCGGCCAUUGGCGCUAGGCCACGGCCACAACUUCAACUGCAUGCCGUUUCGUUCAUUGGCAUUUUUGAGAGGCAGCAUUUCACCAGUGUAUGAGGCAAUAAGAGACAAUUCAAACAGUCACAAAAACAUUUCACAAAAACAUCAUAAAAUUUUUGGGUUCCCUGGUCCUUUAAGAUAGAGGCGCUACGCAAUCGACCGUCGGCGGAAGUUCAAAUGUUAGUUUUCGAUGUACCCGUCACGACCCCAUGUUUUGGAGGACUUUGUAAAAGUAACUCUCGAGGCCCUAUAAACUUCUUGACUAGUACUGUUUUGAUUUCGACUUAUCUCUUUUCGGUAGAAAAAAAUGAUUGUCGACUCCCAGAAGAUCUCUAAAAGUACAUCCUUCCUUUUUAUCCUAUCUCUUUCUCUCACAUAUCUUUUCGUAUCGAACCCGAAUAGAUCAUUGGAUCUCUCUCCUCUCCUCGAUUCGCAAAAGAAGAUCAGCGGUGUGAUGAUGCAACCCGCUUCACGUCGAUGUCUCCGAUGAUGUAACAUAAGACCCUAUAACACCAUCGGCGGGCAACAAAUCAACCCGAACAACGUGAAGCGUAAUCGAAGCAUGUCUGCGGCUCCAAUCGGCUCUGGAUAUCUCUUCUCGAUGUCCCACCACUUCGUAGCAUCUUUUUUUAUUUCUUUUUAACUGCUCAAUCAACGCCCUUCUUCUGCUGGUCUUCAUCGGAAUCAGUUAGGACCGAGAAGAUUAUCUUGAAGAGUUUGAACUUCAGAAAUCGAAUCAAUCAAACUUCUUUGAGCAGAAACAGUUGGAGCUGGAGGACUUCGGAAAAAGAGAAACUGGUCGAUUGCUCUCUUGAGGUCCUCUCCCAAUUGUCGCUCUGCCUCAGUGUCUCGUUCAAGAACACCACUUUUCCUCUACUAUUACACCGCCAUUCCGGCUCAUUCCAAUCCAAUCAGACAGAUAUUUUGUCACACGAGAGGGGAGACCACGCCAAACAACUAAACCCUCAACACUAUUUCUACUUCGUCAUGCUUAUCCUUCUGAUUUGGAUAAGUAAUUUUUGUUCACCGGCUUUAUAAUAGUCUUACUCGGACUGAAGAAUGGCAGAGGAACGGAUCAAGUCAAAACUUCGGCGGCCUCCGUCCGUCGAGUCGCGAGCAUCGAAUCGGACUCAGCCUAGGACUAAACUGUCUCCUAUGGCAAUGUUGAUGCCACACAUUAUGGUCGGCGAAUCGUUCCGCAAAUAUCGACCACAUGGUAAUAAAUUCCUCAUGCGAAGGGCUUUUCGCUCUCUUCUUUUCGCUUAUAUCCCUCAAAAAACUUUGAGUAACCUGAUAUCAACAAACGACAUGACACUCAUUUCUGAACUAGAGAGUGUCACGACAGCUUUGACUAUCAAACAUUGCUUUUUGAAAAAAGUACUGAAAUCAUCUCCAUUCGAUGACUAUAGAACCGAACAAACAGUUAGGUUACGAUCUACGUAAUCAGAUCCCUGAAGAAGGUGCAUCGCACAUCAGAAGGUUGAGUGCCGGUGAGAAUUGAAAAGGAAGUAAUUUUACUUGAGAGAAAUUGUCACUUUGCAGGUUUGCGGAACAUUCGGAUGACUGGCCAUUUGAACUGGAAAGAAAUCAGACACAGGUAAUAGAAUGCGUUCUAUACUUUUAUAAUCCCCGCAUAGGUUCGAACGGCAGUCAACAUUUCACGGAAUUUCGCACGCUGCUACUGCGCCGACCAAGAAAUGGCGGUGGUUUUGGUAUACAGCCUUCACGAUAUGCCUGUUCGCUCUGCUCAUUCAAAUAUUCUUCAUCAUAUCCAAAUAUCGUCAAUAUGGUAAAACAGUUGAUCUUGAUGUGAGUUUCGUCGUUGUUCUCAUGCAUUUAGUUGAAUUGAAAAUUGCAGCUCAAAUUCGAAAAUGCUCCAUUUCCGUCUAUCACGAUAUGCAACUUGAAUCCGUACAAGAAGAGUGCAAUACAGUCCAAUCCGCAUACUAAAGCAAUGGUACGCUACUAAACAUUUAAUUUUUAGUAAACUACGAUCGUUAAAUCCAGAUGGAAGCCUACACUCGGAGAAUUGGCUCCGGUGACAAGGCGGAAGGCAUUGCGGCAGCGUUAUCAGCAACCGGAGGUCUGCACGCGAAAGUUCGAAGAGCGAAGAGAAAGGCAAAAGGAAAAUCGCGGUUACGAGACAGGCGAUACCAUCAGGCAUUCGCUCAGUGCUUAUGUGACAUUGAGCCGCUGACUGGAGACAGGAAAGGAUCCUGUUUUGCCGCAUUCAAAGGAAAGAUUGAGAUAGACACGAAUUCGACUGCUGGCCUCAUGAAUCUACACACUUCAAAGUGUCUCUGCCAGUUAGAUACUGUGUCGAGGACCCUCUGGCCGUGCUUUCCUUGUAUGUUUUUUAUUUUUUCUAUCAGCCUUUCAAAUGAUCGUCGUUUCAGAUGCCUCUUGGAAAGAGAAACUUUGUGCUGAAUGCGUUGACAACACGGGGCACUGCCCGAUGAGAUUCUACAAAGGAAACGAACUCUAUGAGAACAUCAAGGAGCAAGUUGAUCUGUGUUUGUGUCACAAGGAGUACAAUCACUGUGUUUCCACGAGAGAUGACGGGAUAAUAAUUGAAAUUAACCCGAAUGAAGAACUUGGAAAUAUUGAUAUUGGAUCGAAAGUGGCAUCGCAGCUGAAUGCUCGGGAAGAAAAGAUGGCCGAAACGACAACUACGGAAGCUCCGACAGUCACUCAGGCACUUGGAUUCGAAGAACUUUCUGAUGACAUCGCUAUCACUUCACAAGCACAAGAGAAUCUUAUGUUCGCAGUUGGAGAAAUGUCAGAGAAUGCAAAAGAGGGAAUGUCGUAUGUGCUCGACGAGCUCAUUUUGAAAUGCUCAUUCAAUCAAAAGGACUGUCAUAUGGACAGGGACUUCACACUUCACUACGAUAACACUUUUGGCAACUGCUACACUUUCAACUACAAUCGAACAGCUGAAGUGGCAUCGCACAGAGCAGGAGCUAAUUACGGUCUCCGAGUUCUUCUGUACGCCAAUGUGAGUGAGUAUUUGCCGACAACGGAAGCUGUAGGGUUUCGGAUAACUGUUCAUGACAAGUUUACGGUACCCUUUCCGGAUGCUUUCGGAUAUUCUGCUCCAACAGGCUUCAUGUCUUCUUUUGGAGUGCGCAUGGUGAGUUUCUCUCCGUAGUACAAACGAGCAUUGUGCUUUUUUAGAAAAAAUUCAUUCGGCUGGAACCACCAUACGGACACUGUCGACAUGGUGGAGAAGACUCUGACACGUUCGCUUAUUUUGGAUUCAAUUAUUCCGUAGAGGCUUGUCAUAGAAGUUGCGCUCAAAAAGUUAUUAUCGAUGCUUGUGGUUGUGCUGAUCCGAUGUAUCCUGUGGCUGAAAUUUUUGGGAAUGACACAAAACCGUGCCAGGCCGUGAACAUGGAGCAGAGAGAAUGCCUACGGAACACCACGCUCUAUCUGGGGGAGCUGUAUUCGAAAGGAAAAGAUGUGAUCCCAGACUGUUAUUGUCAUCAACCAUGCCAGUGAGUCUUUUUUCUUAAUCCUCCCUAAUAUUUCCUUAUUUCUAGAGAAACAAACUAUGAAGUUACGUACUCUUCUGCCAGGUGGCCAUCUGGAUCCGCCAAAGUCAUGGAAUGCCUUCCUGGAGACUUUCUCUGUUUAGAAAAGUAUCGUAAGAACGCAGCAAUGGUCCAGAUAUUCUAUGAAGAGCUGAACUACGAAACAAUGCAAGAAAGUCCGGCCUACACUCUAACUUCCGUACUUGCCGAUCUUGGUGGUUUGACUGGAUUGUGGAUUGGUGCGUCGGUGGUAUCUCUUUUGGAAAUAGUUUCGCUCGUCGUGUUCGCAACUCAAGCAUACGUACGGAAGAGAAAAGGGUGAGUCGAGUUAAAAAAGUAACCAGAGUAGUGUAGAAAGUCGAGUUGCAUGUCAAACUAGGAUCUAACAAGAUCUGUCGCGAUCCGUACUUGCAGCUCCAUCUCGGCCCAGUCACACCAUUCCAUACCCGUCCAUAGAGCUUCCAGGGUAUCCUUGAAUACUCUGCACAAGAGCAGCACAACACAGAGUGUCAAGUUGUCCGUCAUGGAUAUUCGAUCACUCAAAUCCAUUCACUCGAAUCACUCUUCGAAAAGCAAGCAAUCUAUUUUGAUAGAAGACAUGCCACCGGCUAUUCAGGUUGGCAGAAAACUUUCUCCUCAGAAACUGAUUGAAGAUUCAGGAGCAAAGUGACGACGAAGAAGAAACGACAGAAUCCUCGCGUACAAAUGGUUCUUGUCGUUAUCUGGCUCCAGGAGAAGAUCUUCCAUGUCUUUGCAAGUACAAUCCAGACGGAACAAUACGUGUGAUGAAGGCGUUAUGUCCAGUACAUGGAUACAUGGUCCGGAGGAACUACGACUACAGGUAGCUUAAACUUUUCCCGUAUUCUGAAUCAAAAAAAAUUGCCAGUGUCUCUAACAGUGAAGAGGAGGAGAUUGAAGAUGAGGUCCAUCAAGAGGAGCCAUUCUAUACAGCUCCCUACCAACAUCGCAAAAAGUGAGAGAAUUAGAAAGGAGAAUCGUUUGUUGUGGUAUGCUUCGCACUCUUUACUUCUCAGGAGUCCUGACUUCAUUCACUGAAAGUCGUAGGCAGUAGAUUCUUCGCAUGUUAUGUACAUCUUUCCAUCUACCUUCCCUUUUUAACACUUUACCUUCUCACGUCUUGCCUUUCAAGCUGAAGGCAAGUGAUCAUGUUACAGAAGUCAGAGUAAUCGGAAGUCUCUCCGUCGAUCGACAACAGCAGCAGAUGAGGAUCUUGCCAUGGAGGCUCACAACGAUUCAGACGGAAGACCGAUCUCACCGGCCGAUCAAGGUUCCCCUUAG